UGCCCGUAAUUCAUGGGUCCUCUUCAGAAAGGCUUCUAGGACAUGUGAGGCGAAAUUAAGCAAACACAUACGUUCGUUUUCGUGAUUAACAUCGUUUUUAAAGUGAUUUUAAUACUUUUAGGACUGUUCUUCCUUCGUCGCUUGUGAUUUGUGGUUUCGCUUCAGGCGGAUGAGACCAGCUCUGGUGAUCGAAUGGUGAUAUAUGGUGAUCAAUGCUGAUUAAUAAUCGUGUUUUUACUGCUGGGACAGGCUCGUCUGUGAUUUUACAUCAUGGUCAAUCGUGGGAAAUGGCAGACAGUUCCUAUAGCUGAUAUAUAUUUUCACCACGGCGUGCUGGACGAAAUGACUAUAUACUGCCUUUGCACAAGAGCCUUCGUCAAUGAUCGAGAGCUCUAUCGAUCUGACUUAAAAUCUCUUCAGGCUCUGACUGACAGUGUAUUGCAAGACAAUGUCGAAGAUCUUGAAGAUGAGGAGCCUAGCAACUCGGAGGACGAAGAGGAUGUGGAGAUGGAUGAAGAGACCAUCCUCAUGGCCAGUAUGGGUCUGCCAGUAGCGUUCGGCAGCUCUUCAGCUCAGAGGAAAGCACACAAGUGGACUGGAUACACUCCUCACAGAGGAUCAAAGAAGGCCAAUGCUGGUCAUCAAGAGGCAUUCUCUGAACAGGAGGACCCACAGCAGGACCCAGAGCUGGAGCCAGUUAAGAAUGAGCAGCAGGAAGAGAAGGAAAAGGUUGUUCCGGUGGUUUUGGAGGACACCCCAGCUGACCCGGAAUCUACCAUCUCUGAGACGCCUUGGCUUAACUACUGGCAACUACAUGGAGAAACCCUGCUGUGGGGGAGCUGGGUGGAGAAACACCCUGAAUUCUCCAGUGGGACCCCUUUGGCUCCGUGGGACUGUGCUGAGUGGAAGGAGGCCUGGCAGGAGCAUGCCAGCCAGGGCUAUCUCUAUUACUGGGAACAGUUUGAUUACUGGGCUGCCCAAGGCUGGACAACAGAUGAGUCUUAUAGUGCUGCUGCUCAUGAUGAUGGACAGUGUAGAGAAGAUGAACUGGUAGAAGAAAAGAACAAGCCGUCCUCUAACUGGUCUGAAAACAUGGCGGAUCUAAACGCCGUUGAUAUAGCAGAACGUUUUGACAGUUUAAACUUGCUGACAGAUGAAAAUGGCAGUAAUGACGGCCAGCAGGCCUUCGACUGUAAUUGCGCGGAUGAACCCUGUGAUGGAGGUGACCAGAAAAGGCCGUCUUCAUCCAGCAGCGUCUGCACUAAGGAGGGCAAUAAGCAAGCAAGCUCUAGUUCUGUGACCAAUAAAAAUGGCCAGCCUGUGAGGAGUGGUUCCAACAAGAAGGACGAAAGUGACGACGACGAGCCGCCAGAUAGAAAGCAAGCAAAAAUAAAGAGAAGUCAUGAGCUGGAUUUUGAGGAGCUCGCUCAGGUACCUUCUGAGGAGGCGUGGGAAACUCUGGGCCUCAAACGCAGCCCACAGCUCAAGUUCACAAGCGUUCUGAAGUUCCGGGAGGCUCCAGGGCAGCGUGAGGGCAGUCAGAGUGGAGCAAGGUGGAGACCAACAGGACGGAAAGCCACCUGCAAGAUCAACAAACACAUCUUCUUCACCGAGGAUGGACAGACUGCUGUACCAAAGAUCAGUCAAACUCUGCAGAAGGUACAGAGUUUUUUGCAGAGGAUCCAAACUGAGAAUGACUCUGAGAAAGAAGCAGCAUCAGUGUUGGGCAGCACAACUUUACAGGCCAGAGUAAGUACAGUGGAUGGACAAGGCACUCUACGUCCGCAGGAGAAUGAGGAGGAAUGCAGGGAGCCUCAGCCUGAUUCAGGAUCUAUGGAGAGCGAAGAGCCACAGCCUUUAACUCAGCCAGAACCAGAACCUGAAACACUGGCAGCACCGGACUCAGAUCCAUUGCAGGAUAGCGAUUCUGACCCCAGGGGGGAACUCCAGCCUCUAGACAUUCCAGACUACCUCCUCCCUGACGCUCCAAAGGACAAACAGGGAGUAGAUACAGAGGCGUCCACCAAAAAGAAGAAAAAGAAGAAGGCUAAAAGAUGGAGGCGAGAAGUGGACGUGCCCCCUGAGAUCGCAGCAGAGCCGGAACUGGCCAAGUACUGGGCACAGCGUUACCGCCUCUUCUCCCGCUUCGAUGAGGGCAUCAAACUGGACCACGAGGGAUGGUUUUCUGUCACUCCUGAGAAGAUAGCUGAGCACAUCGCUCAGAGAGUGCGAGAAGUGUACGAUACGCAGCUCAUCGUUGAUGCCUUCUGUGGAGUGGGUGGGAACGCCAUUCAGUUCGCCCUCACUGGGAAAAGAGUGAUAGCCAUCGAUAUCGACCCGGUGCGCUUGGAGCUGGCCCACCACAACGCCGAGGUGUACGGAGUGGCCCAGCGCAUCGACUUCAUCCAGGGUGAUUUCCUUCAGCUGGCCCCACGCCUACGGGCCGACGUGGUUUUCCUCAGCCCUCCAUGGGGAGGCCCAGAGUACCUCAGCGCUGAAGUCUUCAACAUCAAAACCAUGAUGAGCCCCGAUGGAUUUGAGAUUUUCAGGCUGGCCAAAAUGAUUUCGGAGAACAUUGUGUAUUUUCUCCCUCGGAACGCUGAUAUGGAGCAGAUUGCGUCCCUCGCCGGUCCUGGUGGUAAAGUGGAAGUGGAGCAGAAUUUUCUCAAUAAUAAGCUAAAAACCAUAACUGCAUACUUUGGCAGUUUGGUAAAGGCUGAUUCUUAGUUUUGUUUUUAAAUGCUGUCUAAAUUUUCUUGUAUUGCACUGUACUGUACAGUCUCUGUGUGUUUUAUAGUGCUUGAUUGUUUUAUAGUUGGUCAUUUCAUAACACAGUGUUUAUAUGUGUUUUGUUUGUUAAAUAAAAGUUUGUCAUUAAA